AUGCCAGCUAAUAGGGGUAGCUCGUCACAUUCCUCUGCCAGGAGCUUGCCUGUGUUUCCAUGGUCAAAUCAUCACAUAUGGGCCGACGACAAACAAGACUUUGGGAAUACCCGCAUUAGUGUUGAGCCGUGGCAAUGCUUGUAUAUGUUUUUCUUUCUUUCAUGUCUGCCUGCACGUAUCAGCAUAUCACGAAUGACGCAGAGAGAGAUAGCCAAGAAUUUCGAAAUACAGCCGAGGAUCCCCCGGCCGUUUCAAAUUUUCGGCACUGUCCGAUUUAGGACUGAAUAA